AUGUCUUCAUUCAACCCACUUACCUCAAUUUUGAACCAAAACAAGUUAGAAGGACCGAAUUAUGUUGACUGGAAAAGGAACUUUGAUAUUGUCCUAACCGCUGAAGGUUACAAAUUCAUAAUCACUGAAGAGUGCCCAGAAAAACCUGAUGAAGAUACUACUGAUGAUCAGGUUAAGGCCUAUGAAAAAUGGGUUAAGGCUGAUGAGAUAGCGCGAUGUAACAUUCUUGCCUCUAUGGCGAAUGUAUUGCAACAUCAGCAUCAGUCUAUGGGGCCUGCUUAUGACAUGCUCGAAAAUCUCAAAGAGAUGUUCGGUGAGCAAAAUCGUGCGGCUAAGCAGACAGCCAUGAAAGCCCUUUUGAAUACCAAGAUGGUUGAAUGA